UUUGUAGUCACUGCACUCAGCCUUUUAUGUAACAUGCUGCAGAUCUGAUGGGAGGGGGAAAGCUGCGCGUUUAGUUUGUUGUUGGGCGGUGCCUGGGGAAGAACCGAGCCGGCAUUUGAGCUUUUAUUUUGCAAGCCAGCAGAGGGAGUGUAAGGUUGUCAGCUGUGUCUGUAAGUGUAAGAGAGCAUCACUGAAGCUGGGCUUGGGCUUCCUUUCUUCUGUGAUGUUUAUAUGCAUCCUAUUAUACCUGCCUGUAAUAGUUACUUGAGCCAGAGGGAGCGGAAUAUCAGGAAUACUGCAUGACUUGCUAUCUUAUGACAUAAAGGUUGUCAGCCUGCACUGUUUAACCAGGACGUACUGAGCUGUAUAUGAAUAUUUCAACACGUAACAAAUCCCUGGGUGCGACAGGAUCUUUAUCUGUAAAAGCAAACGUAUGUAUCCUUGAAGGUUGUAAAAUUGGAGAAAUUAAGAAGAUUGCAAGCAAACUGUGUGUGUGAUCACACAGGUGAGAUCAAGAUGGUGUUGAAGUUGGAAAUCUUUUUCUGAGUAGUGCCUCACAUAUGUGUGAGUCAUCAUCUUUAUCAAGAAUACAAAUGAAAAUCUGUCUGAAAUACGAAGAAAAUAGAAAAUAGGCAUAGAGCAUGCAGUCAGAUGACUUCUUUGCAUGGAAAUUUAAGGCCUUCAAUGGAAAUAUGGGUCCUCCACCCACCAUCAAUUCCCCUGAUUCUUGUGGAAUGCCAGCAGUGCCCAAAAUGGGUGUAAGAGCAAGAGUUUCUGAAUGGCCACCUAAAAAAGACUGCACAAAGGGUAUUGCUAACAAAGUGGCCUGGAAAAAGACAACAGAAGGCACUUGUGAUAUGGUGUCUGCAAGUGAACAAAAUGAUCCAACUGACUUUAGAGAAGUAUCAUUUGAAUUUGGGGAAACCAAAGAUAUUUUUUGCCAUUCAUUUCACAGGGGACUUAAUACUAUACGACAAAGAAGCAACAGUGAUGUUACCAUCAGUGAUAUUGAUACAGAUGAUGUUCUUGACCAGCAUGCAGUUAAUCCAAAUACGGGAGCUGCUCUGCAUAGGGAAUAUGGCAGCACAUCUUCAUUAGACAGACACAGUUUAACAGGAGAGAACUUUUUUGCAGUGCUUCAGGGGUAUAGGGUUGAAAACAUGGAACAGAAAAAUACAACACCAUUUUCAUUUUCAAAUUUGUUUGAUUGUGAUUCGCCUAUUUCUCCCAGCUUGCAGGCUGCCAAACAGAUAUCACAGGGGCAGAUAGUAAGAAUUUCUCCAUUUGAUUAUAUGGACAAAGCAUUGCUAAGAGGAAGAGAGAGACUACCUAAAAGUCAGUUAAAAGCAGAAACUGUUGAAACAUCUCUGUAUAAGAGACUAAGGGCUGUAAAAAGUGACCAUGAUUCUUUAAAGUUCUCGUUUGACUUUAACGAUGGUAAAAUGGACAAAUGUAUGCAAAUGGGGACCUUUGAAAAGGGUUUCGCACAUUAUGAUGUACAGAGUAUUUUGUUUAACAUUUAUGAAGCCAUUGACUCACAGACUAGUGUUGCUAAGCACAAAAAUAUAACAACUGGGGCAUCUGCAGCAUCCCAGUCUCCAGUAACUAGUGGCAAAGCUGGAAAUUGUCAGUAUCCUCAGGGAAGUAAAGAAGACCCUAACUGUAGCCCAGAAGCAGAUGAAGGAGAUGGCAAAAGUAGUGACAUUGUUCUAAGCUGUCCUUAUUUUAGAAAUGAGAUUGGGGGAGAAGGAGACAGAAGAAUUGCACUAUCAAGGGCAAACUCUUCUGUGCAAACUGGUGAAAGUUGUUCCUUUGAAUCAUCUCUCAGCUCUCAUUGCACUAAUGCUGGUGUGUCUGUAUUAGAGGUUCCAAGAGGAAAUCAACCUAUUCACAGGGAAAAAGUAAAGCGCUAUAUUAUAGAGCAUGUAGACCUUGGAGCAUACUACUACAGAAAGUAUUUCUAUGGAAAAGAGCACCAGAAUUACUUUGGAAUAGAUGAUAACUUAGGACCAGUUGCAGUAAGCAUUCGAAGAGAGAAGGUGGAAGACAUAAGAGAGAAAGAAGGAUCUCAGUUCAACUACCGUAUAGUUUUUCGUACAAGUGAGCUCACCACUUUGCGAGGUUCAGUUUCAGAAGAUGCUGUACCAUCCACAGUCAAACAUGGCACAACACGGGGACUACCUCACAAAGAAAUACUGGAAUAUGUACUACCAGUGCUCAACAUACAAUGUUUGCGGCAAGCCUCAAACUCUACCAAAGUCACAGAACUAUUGCUUAAGUUAGAUGAACAAGGGUUGAGUUUUCAGCACAAGAUUGGCAUCUUAUAUUGCAAAGCAGGCCAGUGUACAGAAGAAGAAAUGUACAAUAAUGAAACAGCUGGGCCUGCUUUUGAAGAAUUUCUUGAUCUGUUAGGCCAGCGGGUUCGACUCAAGGGAUUUAGUAAAUAUAAAGCUCAAUUAGAUAACAACACGGAUUCAACUGGAACACAUUCCCUGUACACCACUUACAAAGAUUAUGAACUGAUGUUUCAUGUGUCAACCAUGCUUCCAUAUAUGCCCAACAACAGGCAGCAGCUACUUAGAAAAAGACACAUUGGCAAUGAUAUAGUAACUAUUAUCUUUCAAGAGCCAGGAUCCCUUCCAUUUACUCCAAAAACAAUCCGAUCUCAUUUUCAACACGUGUUUGUAAUUGUUAGAGUGCAUAACCCAUGUACAGAAAGUGUGUGCUAUAGUGUUGUUGUUUCAAGAUCAAAGGAAGUCCCACCUUUUGGCCCACCUAUACCCAAAGGAGUGACGUUCCCAAAAUCAGCUGUUUUUAGGGAUUUUCUUUUGGCAAAAGUAAUUAAUGCAGAGAAUGCAGCGCACAAGUCAGAAAAAUUUAAAACUAUGGCAACCCGAACCCGUCAAGAAUAUCUAAAGGAUCUUGCCGAAAAUUUCGUUACAACAGCUACUGUAGAUAAUUCUGGGAAGUUUAGUUUUAUCACCCUUGGCGCAAAAAGGAAAGAAAGGGUAAAACCCAAGAGAGAUGCUUAUUUAUACAGCACUGGAGCUAUUUUGUGGCAUGUUAUUGCACGGGACUUUGGCCUUUCUGCAGACACUAAAUGCAUCUUAGGAAUAUCCAAUGAAUUUGUCAUCCUUGUUGAAGAGAAAUCUAGAAAUGUGGUGUUUAACUGCUCCUGCAGGGAUAUUAUUGGCUGGGCAUCUGGACUGAAGACUAUUAAAAUUUUUUAUGAGAGAGGGGAGUGUAUCCUAUUGUCUUUCAUAAAUAACUGCUCUGAAGAUACGAGAGAUGUUGUUCAGAGAUUGGAAAUUGUCACCAAAGGAUGUGAAACAACAGAAAUGACCCUGCAUAGGAAUGGGCUUGGCCAACUGGGAUUUCAUGUAAACUUUGAAGGGAUAGUUGCAGAUGUGGAACCUUUUGGCUUUGCAUGGAAAGCUGGACUAAGGCAAGGAAGUCGUUUAGUUGAGAUCUCCAAAGUCGCUGUGGCUACUUUAACUCAUGAACAAAUGAUUGAACUCCUUCGCACUUCAGUAGCUGUAAAAGUGGUUAUUAUACAACCAUAUGAUGAUGGAUCUCCUAGAAGGGGCUGUUCAGAACUGUCCAGAAUGCCUGUGGUCGAAUACAAACUUGACAAUGAAGAGACUUGUGAAUACAAAACCCCUUUCAAGCGUCAUACCACAUGGCAUCAUGUGCAGAGUCCUGUGUGUCAGCCUGUUUCUUGUGUCUCUCCAGUUUUGGGAACAUCUGAGAAACUUCCUUGCCAGCAGUUCAUCCAACAAUGUCAGGCUGGUAUCUCUCACAGUACAUCCUUUGACAAGAAAAUGACUGAUGGUGCAGGGUGCCCAUCUCCUUUGCUUCUUGAAAAUCAGAUCACAACUCCAGUCAAUUGUGAAGUUUUUAUAGACAGUGAAGAAAGCUUGGAUUUAAUAAAUUGCUCCGAGGCAAAGUGGCAUGCAUCGUCAUCCAAAUUGUGUUCCUACAAGGAAACAGGUCUGGAAAAAGAACUCACCAAGAAUUCACCAAGCAAGCAUCCACAUAUUGCAGAGAAGAGCUGUUCAAGUCAUUCCAGCAGCAAUACUCUUUCAAGUAAUGCAUCUAGUAGCAAUGAUGAAAAGCAUUUUGGUUCUGGGGACUUUAUGGAUCCUGAGUUACUUGGACUUACCUUCAUUAAAGGAGCCUCAACAGAUAGUGGCAUUGACACAGGAUCAUGCAGCAUACCAACACAAGUUACUACACCAGUACAUCAUUCAGUAAGCAGAUCUGCAUUACAUAGCGGUGCAGAACAAAUGGUACAGUGGAACAAUUCUUCAGAAACCAUUGUACAUGGAAGUAUGGGUGAUCUUAGCGAGCUGUCAUCACUUUCCAGUGGGUCACUUCAUUCAGGGAGCCCUUCAGCGCACUGUCCUAAACCUGCAGGAACUCUGAAUACCUCAAAACUAUAUAUUCUGCCUCAUACCACCCCCCAGAAAAUGACUGGAACUAUGGCAGAGACAUUCCAAAACCAUGGAGCUGUAAGGAAAUAUGUAAUUGGACUGAAAAAGACUGAUAACAGUCCCUACCCGGAAGAAUGUAACAUUUCAGACUGUCAUGGUUUAUAUAGUGAAGAAGAUAUGUCUGCAUCUAGUCUGCUGCAGGACACUGCUAUUGAUACAGAAACUGAGAACAAGCAUGGUUUGCAGAAAGAGGAUUUUCUGCAAAUGGUAUUGCCUGAUAGUCCAGUUGGAGAAGAAGAAAAAAGAAAGUUUUCUGUUUUUGGCAGCUUGUCACCAAGAAGAACACUUUUUAGAACACUUUCUGAUGAAAGCGUAUGCAGUUAUCGUAGAGGAUCCUCCCAAGCCAGUUCACAUAGUUCAAUACUGGAUCAAGCCUUGCCUAAUGACAUUUUGUUCAGCACAACGCCAUCAUAUCACUGCACACUUCCACUCCACAACCAACCUGGAAUGACAAAUCUCAAAAAUGAAUGUUGGUUCUCUGAUCAAACUCUUUCAGAUAAAUCAAAGUUUAAUGAUCCAGGACUCAUACCUCUUCCAGAUACAGGAGCAAGGUUAAACUGGUCCCACCUCGUUGAUGCAGCUAGAGCUUUUGAAGAUCAACAAUUGAAUGCUGUGCAGCAAGGACAUGGCUGUGAAGAGUCCAAGGAGUCCUUCCUAUGCUCAGGUUCCUUAAAUGAAAACAAGUUUUCAUUUCCUCCAGGGCAAACAACACCAUCUACACUAACUGGUAAAGUCAAUCAACUUGAAGUGAUUCUCAGACAGCUGCAGACAGACCUUCUUAAAGAAAAGGAAGACAAAGCAAUGCUACAGGCAGAAGUACACCAUUUGCGUCAGUAUAAUAUGAGGCUACAAGAGCAGUCUUUAACAGCAUCAGCACAGCUGAGAAAAUUUACUGAAUGGUUUUUCAAUUCAGUUGAGAAAAGGUCAUAAUACCCUCUGAUCCUGCAGCGUUUUUUAAAAAAAUGGCAAUAUCUUCAAUAGAUUUUUAAUUUAGAAACGUAUUUUUAUAAGUCAAUGUUUUGACAGAAGGAAAUGUGGAAAAUCACAUUUUCCCAAAACAUGAGAAUAUGUCAGCAUAAGAUGAAUGUAAUACCUGACAGUAGUGAUGAGCGAAUUUACCAUAAAAAAAAUUGUAAAAUGCAUUGAAGUCAAUAGACAACAAAUUAAAUAAUGGUCGACAGUGUUUUUUAUGUGCAAAAAAAAUUUUUUAAUGUGUGAAUUUUUUCUUAUGCACGCAACUUUUUUUUUUUUUUCUUACUCCAAUGGCCAUUUUUCUCCAUUUCUGCUGCACAACAAUUUUUUUUACUCAUGCAACUUUUUUUUUACUCAUGCAACUUUUUUUUUUACUCAUGCAACUUUUUUUUUUACUCAUGCAACUUUUUUUUUACUCAUGCAACUUUUUUCUCACUCCAUUAAAGUCAAUGGGUGUUUUUUCUCUGCAAAUUAUUUGGCGCAGCAAAUUUUUGCUGCAGUUUGAUGAAAAAAAUUUGCAGAUGGCAAAUUGCCUGAUUUCGCUGUGAAUCUACGUCUGGUGAAAAAAUUUGCUCAUCACUACCUGACAGCUUUUUGACAGUUAACUAUUUAUUACUUUUCGUGUACUACUUACACUAGUACUAGAAUAUACACUAGUAACCAUCUUGUUUGGCCUUUGAAGAUUGUAUUUAAUGAUUUCCUUAAACAGAACUGAUUUGACAGAACACAUACAGAACAAAACCCAUUUAUCCAAACUUACAUUUAAUGGUGCUCAAUGUUUUUGUAUGCACAGUAGUUAAAUGUCAUUCAUGUUGUCAUAGCAAUAAUAAAUGUAAUUUAUAGAGAUAGUCUAGACUGUUUCAUUGGAGAAGUUGCCAGAACACGUUGAACUGAAUAUUUGUUAAUUUGUAAGAGGAAAUAAAGUUCUGCAUACUGCUCUUUUUUUAAUACAUGCAUUCUGAAGGGAUAUUUUUACUUUCCACCUUUAAUGGAGAAAUAUAUAUAUAUAUAUAUAUAUAUAUACACACACACAAAAACAAAAGUAUUGGCACCUGUGGACUUUUUUCCAAAUAAUCUACUAAUGGUUGAUUGAUUUUUUGCAAUACAUGUUUGAAGUUGACAAAAAUGAGGAUUCCACUAUUCCUUGUUCCCUAUUCAAAUAAUUAAAUUAUCAGUUAUUCUAUACAGAACUGAAUAUAUUCUUUUAGAUCUGAAGAGAUGACUCAAAUAACAAAAUAAUUGGUAACACACCCUUUGGAAAGACUAAGUGCAAUAAACUGCUUCCAGUAGCUAUGCAUGAGCGUGUUUUAAUCUCUUUGAAACUACUCUCUUUUUAUGCCUUUUCCCAACUGCAGUUUUUGGAUCACAGAGAGCACCAUCUAAAUGGUGCCAUGAAUCUUUUCCAACCCAUUUUAGGAUUCCUGUGUGGAAUAAAACAAUGCUUGUUUAGUAAUAUUUUCCAUUAUUUGUGUUGUUCACUCAUGUUAUUUUUAACACAUAACUGGCACAAGUGGUGCGUUAUUUGUAAAAAAAAAAAUCAAGGGUAUCAAUAUUGCUGUCAAUUUACUGUGUGUGUGUGUGUAUAUUAUAUUUCUUCCCUAUUAACAACAACAUUCAUUCUUACUAGCCGGGACCUAAUUACAGUUGUGCAAUUUAAAAAUAAUAAUUUCAAAUUACAUUUAAGUAAUAAUAAGAAUGAAAAAGCAAUGUCAUUUAUAUUUGUAUUUUCCUUCUAUUUAAAAUAAUUUAAUCUAAAAGUUGCAGUUUGAAAAUCAGCAGUAUUAAAGUAUGUAGUUUGCUUAAAUUGUUAGACCACCAACACAACAGCUCUAAACGAAAGCUGCUGACCCAAAAGCCCAGUAUUAGCAAUAUAAAACUACUAAUAUCUUUAAAACAACAUAAAAAUGUAAAUAUCAAAAUUCUCAAAGAAAGCAUUCCAAGGCAAAUGUACAUUUUUCUUCAUAAUUUUUCUUGAAUGCCUUUUAAUAGAAAAUAACUGAAUAACCCUAUAUUGUAUAUAAAGUUGCACAAGAAAUGUAUGUUAUCGGUGCACAUGCUAUGUUAUUUAAUAUUAAAUAGGCAAUUUGGGACAAAAAUGUUUUUGAAUCAACUUUCCUGUUACUUUCACUAAAAAAAAACAGAUAGAUAUAGGUAACAAUUAGUGAUGAGUGUAUCUUGUCUUUUGCUUUGCCAAAAAAAUUUACAACUUCUUUUGUGGCCACUGGUCUAUGGGUGUUUUUUCACUCAUCACUGUUUGCCAUGGUUCUUUCAUUUUUGUUCAAAAUACACAAAAAUACUGGCACAAGAAGACUUAAGCAGGAUGAACCCUGCUAUUUUAUUAGUUGUAAACAUGAUUUGCUACAAUUAAAAUAGCAGGGUUCAUCCUCAGGCCCGGAUUUGUAGCGAGGCCACAAAGGCCUCGGGCGUAGGGCGGCACAUAUUUAGGGGUAUGCCGCCCGCCGCAAACAAAUUUUGACAGUUCGCUCCCAUAUGGAGCAAUGGGGACUGCUCCCCACAGCUCCGUAUUGGAGUAUAAAUGCCUGCGCAUGCGUGCUUGAGGCAGCGCGGGGGGGGAAGAGAUGUUCGGGGAUAUUGUUCCCGCGUUUGCGCAUGUGCGAGGGGGGGUGGCCUCGGGGCGCCUGGAUUUGAAAUCCGGCGCUGUUCAUCCUGCUUAAAUAAGUCCUGUUGUGCCAGUAUUUUUGCAUAUUUUGGAACAUAGUGGAGGGUGCCAAAGCUUCUCUAAACAUUGUGCACCAGGCGGAACAUACAUGAUAAGGUGAGGGUGUGCUGGUGAGUGUGGAUUGGCUUGCAUUUUUGUUGCACCAGAAACCGUUUUAUCCAAACGUAGCAUUAAUAUUAUUUUCUAUAUAUUACACAAUGAUGUUACAUGUAUAGUUUCAAGACAGAGAAUAUAACAACUUAUUUAAAUGAUCAAAAAAUAUUGUUGCAGGUGCUAUAUUUACAAUACAUGUAUAGGCUGGUUAAUUUAUAGAUAGACAGUAUGAAUAAAUGUAAAGUGGACCUUUCUGCAAAUGCACCUUUGAUAGGAUUAUGUAUAAAAUUACUGCAAUAAAUUUUAGCCAAGUUUGCAAUACACUUUGUGUGUAGUAGUGUAUAUUUUGAUCUAAAUAAAGUCCCUUUACUUUA